CCUUCAGGGCUGCUCGAAGCCACCACCAGUAGUCUCUCUCUUUGUUCUUAUCAAUAAGAGUUGCUGUCAGUCUCCUUUCUCUUUCUUUUGCCUAUGAUGCAACAAAGUCACGUGGCUAGUACAGUUAGGUGUACUUACAUAAUGGCUACUACUGCUGUUCCGAAGUUAUGGCGGAUUGGAGGAGUUUUUGUUACAACAAUGGCACCAUUUUACAUCUACAGGAGAGCCUACUGCUCCUCUACAGUGACUAACAAGACUCCAUCACUGGUUCUGUAUCAGUAUCAGACCUGUCCUUUCUGUUGCAAGACAAGAGCAUUCUUAAACUAUUAUGGACUCCAGUAUCAGAUUGUUGAAGUGAACCCUCUCUCCAGGAAAGAGAUAAAGUUUUCAAAGUACAAGAAAGUGCCACUUCUAACAGCUGGGGACGUGCAAGUGAAUGACUCCAGCCUCAUAGCCAGUGUCCUUCGGUCGUCCAUGAUCCUCGGUAAACCAGUCUCCAGGGUACUUAACAUGUACCCAGAGAUUGAGUUUUAUGACGCAACUAAUAAAACCCCAGUCAAAGAAAGAGCCAACAAAUACUUUCUAAUGUACGGAGAGAGAAGCACUCCUCCAUUGAAUGAACUAAGGGAGGAGAGGGAAUGGAGGGAAUGGGUUGAUACUCACUUGGUUCACACCUUCUCUCCUAAUAUUUACCGGACCCUUCGGGAAUCUUGGCAAGCGUUCCAGUACAUAUCAGAAGUUGGUAAUUUCAAUCCGUUGGAAAGGGCAGCUGCUAGAUACUUUGGGACAAUAAUGAUGUACUUUAUUGGGAAAAGAAUAAAGAAAAAGUAUAGAUUGAAGGAAGAUGUGAGACAGUCACUUUAUGACGAAUGCAACAAGUGGACAGCUGCCAUAGGAAAGAACAGGAGGUAUAUGGGUGGAGACAAACCUAACCUAGCGGACCUGUCGGUUUAUGGGGCACUGACAGCUCUUGAAGGAUUGGACACGUUUGAUGACAUGAUGAAGAACACUUCAAUAAAGAAAUGGUAUGGGUCCAUGAAGCAAUGUGUGGAUGGACAUGAAGGAGCAACUGAUAAACAAUAAUAACAACAACAACAACAAUAAUAAUAAUAAUAAUAAUAAUAAUUGGUCAUUUUAGCAUGUGUAGCAUCUGGUGUAGCAUUGUAAUGUCAAGUAUCAACACUCAAAA